UUUAAGGAAGGACAUCCUCUAGUGGUAUCAUAAGAUAGAGGGAUCACGCAUGGGAUCACGCUGGCCAACAUCUAUAUGGCCUAUGCCCCCACAGGCUGCUCCCCCACCCAGGAGACCGAGUCCUUCAUGGUCUUCCGCUUCCCCCUCUCCCACUGUGGGACCACAGUCCAGGUGGCUGGCAACCAGCUUGUCUAUGAGAAUCAGCUGGUGUCUGACAUCGAGGCUUGGACGGGGCCACAGGGCUCCAUCACUCGGGACAGCACCUUCCAGCUUCACAUGCGCUGCAUCUUCAACGCCAGUGAUUUCCUGCCGCUCCAGGCAUCCGUCUUCCCGCCACCCUCUCCAGCCCCUGUGACCCAGUCUGGGCCCCUGCAUCUCCAGUUUCGGAUUGCCAAGGAUGAGACUUUCCGCUCCUUCUAUGAGGAAGGGGACUACCCCCUUGUGAGGCUGCUGCGUGAGCCUCUACCGGUGGAGGUCCGGCUCCCCGGUCUGGUCCUGCUGCUGCACCAGUGCUGGGCCACUCCCGGGGCCAGCCCCUUCCAGCAGCCUCAGUGGCCCAUCCUGUCCGACGGGUGUCCUUUUGAUGGUGACAGCUACAGGACCCAACUGGUAGCCUUGGACGGGGCAGAGCUGUCCUUCCCAUCCCACUACCGGCACUUCACCGUUGCCACCUUCGCCCUCCUGCACCCUGGCUCACAGAGGGCCCUCAGGGGAUGGGUUUACUUCUUCUGCAGCGCCUCUGCCUGCUCCCCUGCGGGGCUGGAGACGUGCCCCACUAUGUGCAGCUCUGGGCCCUCGAGACAGUGACGGUCCUCUGCUGCUCACGGCACUGCUGCUGGGCCCCGGAACCUUGUGAGCUCUCCAGGGCCCGUGGGCUUUGAGGAUUCUUACAGGCAGGAGCCUGCGCUGGGGCCCACAGGCUCCCCCAGGAAGGUCAACCAGAGGCCUCUCCUCUGGGUGGUCCUUCUGCUGGCGGCUGUUGCCCUGGUCCUAGGGGUCGGUGUUUUCGUGCGCCUGCACCAAGCCAAGCGCGGAAGCUCCAGGAAGGCCACCUAGGGCAAAGGGGCUCAAUAAACCAUUG